AGCCUCACACAUAAUGGCACGUCUCCACGCUGUCCUCGCAGUGGUUACAGAGAAAAGAGAGACUUUGGCGCUUCUCUAAACAUCCCUUAGUCCGCUCCACCGAUCCUCCCCCUUCCCCCUUCACUUGUCUCGCUCCUCCACGAUCGGCUCAUCCGGCUGGGUUCAGCGAUCCGAUGAUGGUGGGGUGGGCUGCUGGGUCUCGAUGUUGGGCCACGAGAAAUCGGAAUUAAAAUUUUGCUACGUCAAAUGAAUGGAAAACAGUUGUAGUCCAUCGUUCAAGACGAGCUGAUCGUGCGUGCGUGUGGAGGAUCGCGAUUUGUGUGCCUUUGACAAACCGCCCGACACCGUGUCCGGUUUCUGUUGUGGUCGGUUUUUUUCUGUCGCUUCACAGUAUCUCGUUCGUUGCGUUGUGGACGGCUCACCUGACAGUGUUUCUGGUAGAAAGGGUCGCAGAAAUCAGGCCAUUUCCAUUGCCAACUCGUCGCUGCGGUUCCGGAUCUAGCAUACGUGCAUGGUUUGCGGUGUGUGUUGGUGUGUUGCCGUGUUCACACUUGAUUUUAUAACCAUCCGCAAAGCAAAUUGCGGACGUAGGGAUUAGUGCCGCGCCAAAAUCAACAACUGCGUGUUUUUUUGUGUGUUCAUUACCGCAGUGGAGAGCCAUCCGUCUACACGAGUGCACGUGUACCAAAAGAGGAUGUUUACUUGGAUCUGCGAAUAGUGUGUGCGUGUGUGUAUGAGUGUGCUUGUAACGAGAGCUGAUCAUUUAUGUAGCCGCUGAGCAAAAGAGAACCAUCCAAAGAAGGAAAGAAACGAUCGAUCGCCGAUGUGAUCGUGGUUCGUUGUUCGUGCAGCUCAGUGAAGUUUGUUUGUGCCCGUGGUGUGGCACCUUGAUAAGUGCGAACCGCUCGAAACACGGUGUCCAUUUCGGUGAAGUUUGUCCCGAGUGGUGUUCCGGCUGGUGCGUCAAACCUGCCAAGAAUAAUAGCUCGCGUUUCUGGGGCACCAGCCGCAGCCGCCGAUUUGUUUCAGAUCGUCACGAUCGAUCGAUUUGCUGACGUCAGAUUGCGGCAAUACAGCGAACCGCAGCGCAAACGGCGGCGCAUAAGUGAAUCGUUUUCGAGUUUCGAACGAAGGCAAGAAAAAGCACCAUCGUUUCCGAUCACGAGUUCCAGCACGGCAGGCGGCAACCCAGGAGAAGGAAGCGAUGCGUAUGCGUGUAUGCGAGCACCUAGAGAGCGAUCGAGCAGGUGAUCGGACGAACCCGCAGGCGUGACGUCACUCGAAUUUCGUACAUUCCCGUCACUAAAAUCCGGGUUCCCUGACAUCUGUGCUUUGGACGCUUCGCUAUCGUGUGACGGUGAAAAAGGCAAACGUGAAUCUGAGAUUCAAAACGCGGUUAAACGAUCUUUCGUGCAGUCUUCCGCGAAUUAAAGUUUGCAUAUAUUCGUUUCUAUCGUGCAUAGCACCUUUUCGACCACAGAGUAUCGUUUUCAAUGUGUAAAUGUGCUUGUGAAUUGAUCAAUGAAAGAAGCUAAUCCUACCCUCUUCUCCGUUAGAGGUGAUCAUUCGUAAGAUUGAUGUAAUCAUAAGCCGCCGUGUUUUACAGGCGCGCACGAACCAGUUCCUAAUUUCUUAAAAACAAGUUCUUAGCGAACGGCAACGGCAAAAGAGCACCGACACCAUCAGCCGCAACAAUGCUCAUCACUACGAACUUCAAUCAGAAGCAAUUCAUUGACUCACUAUGUACGAACGAGGCCGAAGAUUCCAGCUAUGAUAGCGACUGUGACGGCGAGGAUCUCUCCCACGAGCAAGUAUCCCGCACGACGAGCGAUACUCUGGGGCAAGAGUUUGCCGAGUAUAUAAGCUUGGGCGCUGGUCCGAACACCGUACAUCAUCAGCAACAUGGCAAGGACAUCUCGCCGAGUGCAAAUCCAGCCGGGCCUACGAUCACAUCACUGCCGGAACAUUCUCCGGGAUACCAGCAGCGGGUGGAAUUUGCACUAAAAUUGGGUUACACCGAAAAAUUGGUGCAGGCAGCUCUGCAGCGGCUGGGACCCAAUCCGGCCCAGAACGAGUUGCUAGCUGAACUGAUCAAGCUUGGAUCGCAACCCGGUGCUAAAUGUGGAAGCGAAUUUACGGUCGACGGCCACGGCCAUCACGGUGCGGGCGAAUCGGGAGGGCUCGUACUUACAACGGAACUAACGUCUUCGGUGAUCGGUCUCGGUGGAUCGUCGUCCUUGGUCAACGAAGAAUCUCUACGUCCGAUAGUGAUAGACGGAAGCAAUGUAGCAAUGAGCCAUGGUAAUAAGGAGGUUUUUUCCUGUCGCGGUAUACGGCUGUGCGUGGAUUGGUUCAAAAACAGGGGCCACAAGGACAUUACGGUGUUUGUGCCAAAGUGGCGCAAGGAAAGCUCCAGACCGGACAAUCCCGUCAAGGAUGGCGAGAUAUUGAACGAGUUAGAAAAGGAACGUAUGCUAGUAUUUACCCCGUCUCGAUUAGUUGGCGGCAAACGUAUGGUCUGUUACGACGAUCGAUACAUUUUAAAGCUCGCAGCCGAUAACGAUGGAAUCGUCGUAUCGAAUGACAACUAUCGCGAUCUGGUGCAGGAGAGUUCCGAGUUCAAGAAGGUCGUCGAAGAGCGGGUACUGAUGUAUUCGUUCGUGAACGAUCGCUUCAUGCCACCAGAUGAUCCGCUAGGCCGUUCGGGGCCCACGCUGGACAACUUUCUGCGUGUGCAGCCGCGCAAAGGGGACCCACCCCCACCCUGUCCAUACGGCAAGAAGUGUACCUAUGGGAAUAAGUGCAAAUUCUACCAUCCGGAACGGGGCAGCCAGCCGCACAAGUCCGUCACGGAGCGACUCUCCGAGCAUGCAGCACGACAUCUUCAAGCACGCAGCGGACACGACCCGACGGGGGGUAAUGUUGGUGGAACCGGUUGUGGUGCUGGUGGUCGCAGUGCGGUGCAAGGGAAGUCACUCAGUGUUCCACUGAGCAAUAGUAGCAACGAGACUAGUCCAAUCAAUGAUAAACGGAAAGCAUUAUGUCGCACAAGAUCGAACGUACCUUCGGAAAGCACCAAUGCCCCAUACGGAGGUGGAGGCAUGGCGCACGCUCACGGCGGACACACAGACUUGUUGCCAAUUCCCCAUUCUGUGCAGCAUUCAGCCGUACGCCAGCAGCAGCAGCAACCAGCACCUCCAUCGCAACAGUUGUCUUUCCAUGCGCCGCCAGUGCCAGUGGCCAGUAAUCGAGCCCUUCCGUGGGAUCUUUCCCCUCAACAGCAGCAACAGCAGCUUCAUCAACAUGCCAGUAUGGUGGAAGUGCAGCAGAUAUUUCCCAAAUCUCAUAGUAUAGAAAAUAUAUCUAAGGAACCGCCAUCGUACGGUGGUGGUGGUGGUGGUCAUCACACCGGUCUCCAUCAUGCCGGUUGCUACGGCGCUCAGACACUGUGGCCUCGACAGCAACCUCCAUCACAACAGUCCUCUCAGCCGGUAUCCGGGCAGACCGGGGGAGGAGGUGGUGCCGGUGGAGGCGGAGGGCCUGUAGUACAGCCACCGUUGGACCAGAACGAUCCCAAUGGACUGGUGGAUAGCGUGAAUCUGCAUCGGAAGCUACAGCGUCAGCUCACACUCAAUCCGGCUGGCUGUGAUCCUCGAAUAUAUCAAAUGCAAAGGCUUCAGCAACAAACGUCCCAGCAGCACAACGCCCCGCCACAAACCGCAUCCCAGCAGCAGCUGUCACCGCACCGACCAUUGGCCCCAUCCCUUAGCGGUGGCACUCGUCCUUCUGCACCUACCCAGUGGGAACUACAUCAGCAUGUAACUCGUAUUGCUUCGGCUCCUGAUUCCGCACGGCCCUGGGGUCACAAUGGACCACCGCCGGCUUCAUCCUCCGAACCGCAUAUCAAUCUCGGAUGGUCGCCUAGCCCCGGUCAGGGUGGUCCAACGCCAGCUUUACAGCAGCAGCAGCAUCACCACCAGCAACAGCAACAGGACCGCCGUCGGUUGCAUUACCAUCUGGCCAGUAUCUUCCCAGAAGAUCAAGUACAAACCGUGAUGCAGAUGUACCCGGAAGAGACGAAUCCGCAGAAGAUAUGUGCCGCUAUUCUGGCCAUGUAUCAAAAGAUGUAAAUUAGACACGAGACCGAGAAGAGGAUGAAUGACGUCAAGGGCGACAAGAUGUGGUUGAGAGUUGAGUUUCACUCGAACUGCUUUUCUGGACGUAUGCAAUACUCAAAACACUCCGUAGUGUUAAGCAAAUUUAUUCUUUAUAUCUCUUUUGGAGACACAUCCACUUAACACGUCACCGACUCGCGUGCCCAAGUUACACGGGAUGGGAUCGUUCAAACCCCGCUCUUCCCGUACUAUUUUACGACUGCAGUAAUCCUUAUCGUGUAGUAAUAUUAUUAUUUUAUCUUAAUUAUUGAGUGACCGUUGACUACUACCCCGGAAAUGGUGUGUCAUGGUGGCUUCACAACGCAGCAGGAUUGCGUUGUCAGAGGAAAACUGUUCGGACAAUGGGCAGAAACGGAAAGAUGAAGGAUAUCAAGAUUUGUGCAUUAAAGUGGAUAGUAGCGUUUACAACACGCAAGUAAGUGAGAGGAAAAUGAAAAUUCGCGGCGAAUGUAUAUUCUCUAAAGGAUUUAUUUUUAAACAGCUCAUUCGUUGUCGUAGACAACGGUAGUACUCUUCCAUAGUUACUUCCAGAACGUGUAAAGAUAUCGACGAGAAAAAGGUGCGACUUUACAGGCAGCAUAUUUAAAUAGAUAAGAAAAACACGAAAUGAACAAGAUGGUAGAAUGGGCGGGGUGAAUGGGAAGAGGAACUUUACGGAAGAGAAGAGCAGGAAAAAAGGCUUUGUUGUACAAAGGAAAAUACAUCUAUCUAUUACAAUUUUUACUACGCUACACUCUGUUAAAAACGAACAAAACUCCCAUCUAUUUACUCACUUUUCAUGUUCCAAACAUACGCAUAGACUACUAGCGAUUCGCAUUACGAUGACACGAGGUAAGAUACACAGGGCAGAUCAAGAAUGGUGUCCACGGAAUGAAAAAAAACCCCCCUAGGUUACUUACAGCCAAUGCCCGGUAUACAGAAGCGUCCGUAUUUCUUUACUUCAUAUUGGAGUAUGAGUUUCUUUAGCUGUGUACUAGAAGGAUAUAAGACCACAACACAAACAGACACUCGCACGCAAGGAGGGGCACGUUUAUGUUCAUUUUCUGUUUUAAUUGCUGCCUUUUACUGAUUCUUCCACGCAUGCCAACAGUAUUUCGGUCGGUUUUGUUUUUAUAUUACUGCUACAUUGCGGAAUACUAAAAGAUAGCCGUGUCCUGUUUCUAAUAUUCUUGUUUGCUUUGUUUUGUUUUAUUUUGGUAAUAAAAUGGAUAUAACGGAUGAGAAGCAGGCAGCAGGAACACGAAUGGUAAAUUUAAUGCCUAUUUUAUUUCUUUAUGCUUACACGCAUUGUGUAGUUUUUAGAGAAGUUAUACAGAAUUGGGUAAAAUACAGAAGAGCAUUAUGCGAUACUCGGGGAGGGUUAAUAUACAAUAUCGAACACAACGGUUGCAAGUCAUCUACAGCAUAAAGUUAACAGCAGGCCCAGAAGAGGAACGGAUUGAAGUUGCGGGUGUUUUAUUUGAAGUUGUUUUGCUGAGGAAAAGUAUUAAAACAAAUAAAAAUGUACGAUCCGGCGAACUGUAAUCUGCAAAUUGAA